CCAAUGAAGGCGCUUUACGUUUUGUACGUACAGGGUGAGAGGUCGUCGUAGCAGCGUGAUCAAGGAUGUAAAUAAUGUUGACACCUAUGGUUGACACUGGCACCUUGCUUGCUAGAGGGAACGCAAAAGCAUUUGAAAAAUGAGGUUAUUGGGGAAGACAGCUCACUCAGUACUGUGCACUCCGAGGACAUUAGCACCAGCAGGGGGCGUCAGACCAUUCUGGGGAUGGCUGAAUGCUGUUUUCAACAGGGUGGACUAUGAAAGAAUAAAAGCUGUGGGACCAGACCGAGCAGCAGCAGAAUGGCUGCUCAGGUGUGGAGCGAAAGUCCGGUUCCAGGGCUUUGACCGCUGGCAGCAUGACUACAAUGGCCUCCCCACUGGCCCCCUUGGUCGCUACAAGAUCCAGGCCAUUGAUGCCACGGAUUCUUGCAUAAUGUACCGUGGAUUUGACCAUCUGGAUGGGCUGGAGCAUGUGGAGGAAGUGAGGCUGAUUAAGAACAUUUACAUCGAGGACACCUGCCUGGAGAGGCUGAGCAAGACGGAGAAGCUUCAGGACACCCUCCGUCGCCUGGAGAUAGUCUCCUGUGGUAACAUUACAGAUAAGGGCCUCAUCGCCCUGCACCACUUGAGGAAUCUGGAGUAUCUGUUCCUGAGUGACCUGCCCGGGGUGAGGGAGAAAGAGACUACCGUUGACCGACUACAGACCGCUCUGCCACAGCUGGACAUUGAACUGGACCUGGGCUGACUCACUCUACCUGCCAUGGACGCAGUGAUGUCCAUGGUGACGGUAACCAUAGAAAUGUCAAUGCCAAUGAUGUCAAACAGCAACUGAGCAGAAAAAUUACUAGGAGAUACAUUUUGCUCUGUCACAGCACUUUAUUUAUAGCAACAGAGAAAAGAGAGUCAAACACAAAGAGAUUCUAAUGUUGUUUUGCUAUGUUAUUCUAGGUAUCAAACAUUGUUAUUGUUACUCCAUAGAAAAGAACCACAGAGACAUUGUUAUUACUAAGAAAGCUUUUAUGCAUGCAUGAAGAUGCUAAAAAUUGCUCCUUGACUCAAGACUCAUGACUCCUUGUCACGUAAUUCGUUGAUUUGGCAUUUGGUGCAAGUCAAGGGGACACUGCAGGGCUAUAGAGCACCACUUGUUGGGGAGAUAUAUAUAUAUAUAAUACCAACCAACCAAUAAAGCUUAAAAGCUUAAUAAAGCUACCAAAAAAUGUGUCUUUUUACAUUUUUUUCUUUUUUACUCAAAUGACCAAAUGGCUGCAUUUGAGGAACUGGCUAAUGAUUACAAUUUACUAAACUGAAUUUAGUUCUGGGGGGGGGGUUCUGUGCUGUGUCACCACGGUGCUGGACUGUGGGGCCAGCACUGUUCUUUACUGCCAGGUGAGUGAACUGGGCUGGUGUGGAGGUGAUCGGUGACCUCUCUCAAUGCGGCCAGCCUGUGACAGUGUUUCCAUUUGCGUGAGUCGGUGUCAUUUUUACCCACUUUCCUUCCUACUUCUCGCAUAACCUGAGCACUUAAUUUGUCUCCGAGAACGUUUUUUCGGCAUUUUGUUUAGAUUUCAUUUCACAUUUUGUUUAAUGUGGUCAUUUCAUAUCUAGACUGAAUAAAUAUCUGAAGAGUUA